AGUCGUGCCAUACGGCGAACCUGGAUCCGAAAUCUGGAGUACGACAUCAUCAUCCCCUGCAAACUAGUGGACUGGACCACAAGCACAAGUGAAGAUUGGAGAUAUAGCACGAACAACCAAUUAAGACAGGCCAACGAUUCCGCUUUCCAGACGGCUAUGUUUGACCUUUUCCAAACGCUUCAUUCGUGGAACCAGCAUUGCCGUCUCAGAUUGCAUAUAGGGCUUCGAGGAUCUCGACACAAUAGCGGGCCUCAAAUGGAACCAGACACUUCGUACUGUGCUACCGCAAGUGCGUAUCAUUCUGUCGAUUACAGAGGCAGAUUCCAUAUACCGAUUCCCCCAUAUCGGGCGCGUUUUGUCAACAAUAUGCAUCAGCUAUAUCUAAUGCACGUUAGGUGCAUUGAUAAACUCUCUUUUCUAAACAUAAAUUCCGACAUAAACCAGUAUCAUCAAAUCUGGACUGGGGCAGUGCAGACUAUUAUCGAACAUUGUCCAACCAUCACUGAACUGGAGCUGGAUCUGAACGAAUGGGUUCGUCCGGAUUACUUGCAGUAUAUACAAGGACGUCGAGCGUCGUUGUCUUUCUUGUUCGGCAUUCUUCCUAGCAGCCUAAGAGUGUUGCAUUAUAACGGCUCGGAGGACGGCCCGUGGAAACACAGUAUGCCUGCACUAAAUGUCAUCCCUUCGGGGAUUGACAGCAUGACUAUCAGUUUGCGAAAUGUCAGCAUGCACCUUCGGGAAUUGAAGUUGAGUAGAACCACUCUUCCAUUUGACUUUCUGUGUCCUUUGGAUGGAGAAGGCCAGCCUAUUAUAGGCACCUUGCACUGGCCUCAUUUGAAAACAUUGAUAGUUGAUGAUGUACCCCCCUGGCUUCCUUCUGGAAAAUGGACUUCCAAUCACACCACGGAGUACCGAGCCAAAAUCGAGAAUGGCCAGUGGAAUGACCGGAUAUUCGAUCCCAAACGGAGAUGGGGCGGAGCAUCAGUGAUGGAUGAAGAACAGUUCCACCGGCUUCUCAUAUCGCUGGGCUAUGCAACCCAACGUAUGCCCUGUUUGAAACGUUUGGGAUUUCGUAUGGAAUGCUAUUGUCGGUUUAAUCUUUAUUUUCAGAACAACGCUAAUUCGAGUACGCUGGAAUGGCAAUCUCGUGUCGAAUAUCAGCCAGAUACUCGGGUUGCAAAGGCAUGGAAAUUUGACCUGGAUGAUCUGAGGAUUGACUCUUCGCCUUUGGGUAUAUGUUCUGUGAUACUUCCAAGGUGGCCGCCUGACGAGCCUAUCUAG